CAGCAGUCACCAUAGGCAGUGUCGGUGCUGUUAUAAUAUUGCUACUGACUGUGGUGGUCGUUGUACUAAUAGUGUUGAAGGGAAGAACUGCCAAGUAUUCUAAGAAAGAACGUGCCCUUUUUAGCGAGGGCAUCUACCCUGAUUUGGAUGAUGGAAAUCGGUCCGUAGAGCUCCAGGAACAGUUGUGUUGGCAGCUUCGACAUAAGAACAUGAUUAUUUCUAAAUCACAAAUUCACCUUUCCAGCACCAUUGGGCAAGGAGAAUAUGGAUUGGUGUUUAAAGGAUAUGUUAAUGGCUCUAACAUAGCUGCAAUAAAGACUAGCAAAGGUAGGACAAGAUGGAAUAUGCAUUGGUUGAUGUGUUCAUAUCUGUUCAGCACUGUCUUCUGAGAGAGAGAAAGAGAACCUGCUGAAAGAGAUGAGUAAGAUGGCAUCAUUUGAACACAAGAAUGUGAUGACCCUCAUUGGAGUGUGCCUUGACGGAGAGAUGCCUCUGAUAAUAAUGCCAUUUAUGGGGAAGGGGAAUGUGUUGGAGUAUGUCAGAAAAAUGAACGAAAAUCAAUUGCAAGAAACGACAAUGAAGACAAACUUUCUUGGAAUUUGUCACCAAAUCACAAAAGGAAUGAGGUACCUGGCAGACUGCAAGUUUGUCCACAGAGAUCUUGCAGCCAGGAAUUGCAUGAUUGACGAGAAGAAUAUGAUCAAAGUGGCCGACUUUGGACUCUCUGAAAAUGUGUACAGUUCUGGCGGCUACGUCUGCCAGAGCAAUGAGGAGGCUGUGGCCAGGGAGGAGAAGGUGCCCAUUAGGUGGAUGGCUCCUGAGAGCAUCGAGAGUGGCAGAUACAGCGAGAAGACUGAUGUGUGGGCAUUUGGAGUUACGUGCUGGGAAAUAUUCACUUUUGGACAUGUCCCAUACUCUGGGAUCCGUGCCAUGAGCAUUCUGAAUGUCCUCAAAUCUGGCCAGAGACUGGAGAGACCUAUCAACGACAUCUGCUCUGACAACAUCUAUGAUGUUAUGACAGUGUGCUGGUCAGAGAUCUCUGGUGACAGGCCAAACUUUGAGAGCCUUGUCCAUACAUUUGAUGACAUCCUGGAGAGAGAGUCUGGAUAUAUCGACCUCUGCUCAUGAACUGUGAAACAUUGUUACAUUCUGUGGAGUGAGCUACAGCUACUGAGUAAUUGCAACACUUUUUAGUAAACUUUAGAAGUUAUGUGUUCUCCCCUAAGAAUACUGU